AUGGUACAAAACGAAAGUUCAAACUCCGGUGACGAAUCAGUGGUCCCGGCUGUCCCAGAAAACCCAGCCAAGGGCAUUGAUACAGGCAAAUACAGGCUUGUAGGAUGGGGCAUCGAUACUACCGGCAGGAGGCUCAUUGACGAAAUUGUUCAGUUGGCAGCUUACACUCCAGAUUCUCAGUUUUCCCAGUACAUUAUGCCAUUUGCUGACUUGAAUCCGGUUUACAGCAGGCGCCAUGGGAUCAGAGUUGUUAAUGCUAUCCGCUACAGAAGGCUCAGGGACUUGAACACCCAUCAGUUUGUCAAGACAAAAAGUGAGAUCUCUGCCCUACAAGACUUCCUGCAAUGGUUAGAAACCAUCAAAGGUGACGAUGUUGAUGGAUUAGUUCUGAUCUACUAUGAAAUCCGUAAAGCAUCCCCUGGAAUGCUUUUGGAAUCCUUGAGACGCUACCAACUUAUUGAACGCUUUUCCAAAGUGGUCAAAGGGUUUGUAAAUGGCUUCAACAUUGCACAGGGCAAGUGUGCAAACACCACAAAAUCAUUUAAUUUGCGUGUGAUGUCUAAAGUUCUGUUGAAUCAUGAAGAUGAGAAUUUCAACAGUGCUGUGGAUAGAGCCAGGGCUUCUUUUGAUAUUGCAGUCCAUCUGGCCCAAGGAGAAAGAGUUGAACUUGAAGGAGAAGGAAAACCCACUGGGGAAUGUAGUGGAAAGGAAAGCCAAAUUGUUGAUUUUGUAUGUCCUUAUGCUAAUCCAAUAGAUGCUGAAGAAGAAGAAAUAGCAGUUUUCAAGAUCCUGUUGGAAAGACAGAACACAUUCCGACCAGUUUUUGGAGCCCUACUGAGGGCAAGCCGAUUGGAGAGACAACAUGCCAGUCAUUUGAGAAGGCUUUUGGCUGAAAAUAACAUCAACUAUGAUCAGCUGAAGACAGCAUAUGAUUCAGAGGCCAAAGAGGGACUGGAAAAAGUCAUCAAGAGUGAGCUCUUCACUCCCUAUAAGAUGAAUCGCCUCAGAUGGUUAAAAUUCUAUUCAAUGUCCUGUCCUCUCUCACCCAAGGUGGCCAACGCCAACGAAAAGGACCGCGAAGAGCUUCUCGAGAUCCUCGACUGCUUCUUCGAUCCGGAGAAGAAGGCCGUCCAGCCGAAGUUCCAGCAGAGGGGGGGCGGAGCCGGCGGCGGUGCGUACCCGUACUACCCGCGCAAGCGCAACAACCGCCCGCCGCAGAACCGCAAACGGAGCGGCGCUUCGGAGGGCGACAAUCAGACCAGCGAGAGCGGAUCGCCGAGGAGUGAGCAGGAUGCCGCCGCUGCACAGGUCAAGGAGGAACCAGAAUCUACAGUGACAGGCGUCAAGGAAGAGACAGAGUCUGCGGCGCAGCAGGCUACCGCGACUGCGCAGUAA